GCAGAGACAGCAGAGCUACAGUCCCGUAUCUCUACGGGCUUCCGGCGACGGCGGCGGAUAACUGGGAUAGCGGCGGCGCGCGCGUCGGCGCAAAGAAAGAAAACUAACGAACAAAAGAAAACGCAAAAAGGAAGCACUUGCCGGCGUCUCCCUCCCAUUCACACGCCUCGCUCAGUUGUGUUCCUUCGUUCUUCCUCGCACCACCGCCACUCCAAACCACCACCAUGGCCUCUGGUCUUCUCGGCAAGUGGAAGCUCACCGAAAGCGAGAACUUCGACGAUUUCCUCAAGGAACUCGGUGUGGGCCUGACGUGGCGCAAGCUGGCCCAGACGUCGAAGCCCUCAGUGGAGCUCAAGUGCGACGGUGACAAGUGGUCCAUCAAGACUUCGACGCUGCUCAAGACAUCAGACGUUUCUUUCACCUUGGGCCAGGAGUUCGAGGAGGGCAGGAUCGACGGUGUCAAGGUCAAGUCACUGUGUACCCUCGACGGUGACAAGUUGGUGCAGAAGCAGUUUGGUGACAAGGAAGUCACCAUUGUCCGCGAGUUGGACAACGGACAGCUCAAAGUGACUUGCAAGUUGAACGACGUCGUGGCUAUUCGCAAGUACCAGCGAGAUGAAUAGGCCCACUUCUAGGGAAGUCUGCAACAAGUCAAGGGAACCUGUCCCUAGGAUGCCUUCUGUUCUCAGCGUGGAGGGGUAGGGAGGGGGGGGGGGGGGGCCAAAAGGAGGCUUGGCCACUAAGGCAAACGGCCAGAGUGACUCCACUGUCAGUCAGUUCCCAUGUUCAUUUCUUUGAUCUUAAAAAAAAAACAAAAAAAAACACGAUCUGGUUUUUUUUUUUCCCAAUUUUUGUUUAUUUUGUAUGUGGGACUUUGACAUCUGUGUAGCCCCAUCCGUGGCUCGUACCUCGUCUUCCCUGCAUGUUACCUACAGUUAUUCUUCCAUUAUCUGCGGAUAACAAGUUUGAAAUGUUUGUUUCUAUAGGAGGUAUCAUUGGUGAAAAGUUUUAUCCUUCUGAUUCAAUAAAGUUUAUCUUUUGAUACUGCCA